UGUUUCUUCUACAACUGGGAGAUUUUGAGCCUCGAUUUAUAUAUUAAGGCAUUGUCAGGAAAACCGUGCGUCGACUUAACAAGUGAGAAGAACGCCUCUGUGGAAGUUCAGGCUACAUUAGGGCUCCAAUGUAUCAGCACCCUCCCAUCUCCGAUUGGAGGAUGCCAGCUAGGAUGCAGACACACAGUGUGGGCCAGACGUCAAAGGAACUCCUAGCCAAGCUAAACCAUGUUCUACGAGGAAAAGAAGACCAAUAAGAAGAUCACUAAAGAUGGACUACAGGGACACAAGCAGUCUGAAGGAGAAAAAGACGAUGGAUGCCAACACAGUAUGGCAGUGGCGCAUUAUGCAUGUAAAGAAAUAUUCAAGACGUCCAGAACCAUUCCAUUACAGUAAGAAAAUAGGACUGGAUUUUAAUGUAGCAUCCAACACGCAAAAAAAAAUGGAUUUACAAUUAAUGACAAAUGGUGUCAUACUUGAGGUUUGUGACUUUGCUAAAACAGUAAACAAGAGCGAAAGGCAUUUUAUUACAAGCAUUCUGGAGAACAGUUUUGAUCUUGGAUUGGAAAAUGAGCAACAGCGGGCGGAUUUUACUGCUCGAAUCCUGCACAAAGUCAAAGACCUGAUCAGGAACCCUCCUAAAGAUAAACAUGAAGUUUUUACUCUCUUUGAAACGUCAUCUGAGCCAGAAUUCAGCAGCAACAAUGGACUGAACAUGGCAUCAAGAGAGCGUAAGGCUGAAAGUUUCCUGUUGGAAAUGGAGGGUACUGAUGAUAGUGAACCUGAAGAUGAAUUCAAGUGUACACGAUGUGACUGUCUCUCAGAAGACAUGGAUGAAGCACAUGGUGAUGGGAAUGAACAAGAGAAUGAAUUAAAGUGUUCAGGAUUCACACAGUCAGAAGAAGAACUGAAAGAUGAGGAUCUUCCCCCUUUGUUCCCUUGUUGUGAAAAAAUUGGUCUGAAACUUGAAGGAGGUUCAAAGCAAAGUCUAGAUCCAGGAUUGUUGACAAAGGGAGUGAUGUUAGAACUUGUACACUUCACUAGAGUACUGACUGCAUCCUACAAACCUAUUGUUCUCAGUGUGUUGGAGCAUAAUUUUGAUCUUAAUCUCAAAAGUCAAAGGGUAAAAAAUCAAAUUUGGUUCAAGAUAUCAGACCUGCUCAAAAAGAGAAAGCGACUUAUCACCACUGGAGGAAAAAUAACCCCAGAGUUUAAAAAUGAGCUAUUUUCCUUCCAGACAAAACCCUUCAAAAGACCCAGAGGAUCUGCUUUGUCCAAUAUGGGAUCCCCACAAUAUAAAGUUAAGGAAGGCAUGAAAACUGAAGUCAUCAAGCCACUCUUAAAAAAGUACAAUCUAGACGUAUCACUAAUGAGCAAUUAA